AUGGCCAUAUCUACACAGCCCACCUCUCCAGAGCUGCACAAGAAAGUCAAACCCUUUACGGUGAGCUCCGUGCUGUAUGGGGAACGGCUGGGGCUGCUGCACGACUACAUCGACCCCGAGGCGCAGCACUUCAUCGACUGCAUCUCUCGCAUGUUCAAGACCACCUCCCCCAUGCUGUACAUCCCCCCCGGCCUGCUGCGCAGACUGGGCUCCCAGGUGUGGAAAGAGCACGUGGAGGCCUGGGACGGCAUCUUCGGACAAGCUGACCGCUGUAUUCAGAAUAUCUACAGACAGCUGCGUCUGGCUCCCACCAACGACAGGAAGUACCCUGGAGUGCUGGCAAGUCUGCUGAUGCUGGACAAGCUGUCCAUCGAAGACAUCAAGGCCAGCGUGACGGAGCUGAUGGCGGGAGGGGUGGACACGACGUCUAUCACCCUGCUGUGGACCUUGUAUGAGCUGGCCAGGCACCCUGGGCUGCAGGAGGAGCUGCGGGCAGAGAUACAGGCCGCAAGGGCUUCUUCUGACGGAGACAUAACCCAAGUGUUAAAGGCGGUGCCUUUGGUCAAAGGAGCUUUGAAGGAGACGUUGAGGCUGCAUCCCGUUGCUGUGAGUUUGCAAAGAUACAUUACCAAAGACAUUGUGAUCCAGAACUACCACAUCCCGUCGGGGACACUGGUCCAGCUGGGGCUCUACGCUAUGGGCCGCAGCCCCCACGUUUUCCCCCGGCCAGAGCAGUACCAGCCCUCCCGCUGGCUGAGGGGGGAGCACAGCUACUUCCGGAGUCUGGGUUUUGGGUUCGGGCCACGUCAGUGUUUAGGCCGCAGGAUUGCCGAGACGGAGAUGCAGCUGUUCCUCAUACACAUGCUUGAGAACUUUAAAAUUGAAAAACAAAGGCAAGUGGAUAUCAGGAGCACCUUUGAGCUGAUCCUGUUGCCUGAGAAGCCCAUCGUUUUAACCCUGAGACCUCUACAGCAGAGAAAGUAAUGAAGAAUGAGGAGCUCCAAGUUCAUUCUCCACAAACCUGUCCGCCCAGUUACAGUAAAUAACACAAGGGAAACAAUUUUGGAUCAUUGUGGUGCUCAGUAAAACAUACAACACAGCUGCUUUGGAGCAGUAAAUCAAACUCCUGCUACAGGACAACACCAGCCAUUCAUGGUGUGAUAUUGUGUUGCUAGUAUUGUACAUGAUCUACAAUAUUUUAUUAAAAAAGACCUGCCUUUGA